CAGCAGCGCUGUGUGCACACAGACUGCGCGUGAAUGAUAGAAGAGCAGGAAGAGAGCGCGCAACUGAACUCUCAUGAUGGGGAAGUAAGUGUGUCGCAGAAAAGCGUCAGGAAAUUCUGUAAGCCACUGUCUGCCACAUUUAUAAAGAUUAUUUCUGCUGGAGUAAACAGCGUGAACAAUGUUUUCUCGCAAGAGAAAGGACUUGAUAACCAAAGCGCCUUCAGUCUCCAAAAAGAGUAACGCAGGAAACGCCGGAGCGCAAAACCCUUCGCUGUCAUUUCUUCAGGAACUCUAUUACUAUGACACUAACGAUGUUACCUGCACAUCGGUCCCUUCAGACUCCGUUACCUCCUCGUGUCCAGGUACCCCGUCCCCCCACUCCAAGCUAUCAGCGUGCAGCUCACCCGUCGCUCCUGUCAAACGCCCCACGGGUCUCAGCCGUCAUGCCAGUGCAGCUGGUUUUCCCUUCCAGACCGCUGGGACGUGGGGUUUUCAUAAGGGUUACAUCCGCAGCCCUCUUACUCACGGGCAUGUGUCCGAUGUCAUGGAGGGGUCUGUCAUCGAGGUGGAGAAUAUCCCACUGCUCCUCAGAGAUGUCGCCCGAUUCGCUGAGGCCGUGGAGAAGCUAAAGGACAUGGUGAUGGGUGACGUGAAAGAAGAUACACACAGCAGGUCAGCGGUUCAUGAGUGUUUGGGAGAAGUUUUACGAGUGUUACGUCAGGUGAUCAGUACAUAUCCACUACUGAACACUGUAGAAACACUCACGGCAGCGGGAACUCUCAUCUCAAAGGUUAAAGGGUUGAGUUAUGAAGGCACCACAGAUGCUCAGAAGAAAGACUUUGAGAAAGCAAUCGAGACCAUCGCCGUGGCCUUCAGCAGCAAUGUUUCAGAGCUGUUGAUGGGUGAGAUUGACAGCUCGACUCUUCUGUCACUGCCACCAACAGAGAAGAGCAGAUCUAUGGAGGAUCUGUACAGGGUUUCAUCAUCACAGGGAUCUGAUGGAGGAGGAGAAUUCAGUCAUCAUGACUGCACAGUGAGUGCACAAGAAGUUGAUAUUCUCCUACAGCGCAGUGAAGGUGGAGUCGACUCGGCUCUCAGUUACACCAAAUCUAUCGCCAAAUACAUGAAAGACAUCAUUGGAUACGUAGACAAGAGAAUCGCUCUCGAAAAUGAGUUCUCCAAAGGUCUUCAGAGACUCUAUCAGUCCUGUAAACAAAACAUUAUUCAGGAAAACAUGCCGUUAUUGUCGAUCUUCUCAUUGGCUCUUGAGCAGGACUCAGAGCAGAGCAGUGGUUUACAACAGGCCACAAACAACAUCUAUACACACUCAUUUCUGCAGCCUAUGACACAACGCAGACAGGAACAUGAGAAGAAACGUCGAGAUAUAAAAGAGCAGUGGCAGAGAGCCAGAAGAAAGCUGGCCGAGGCAGAGUCAAAUCUACGCAAGGCUCGUCAACUUUACAUGGGUCGAUGUGAAGAGUAUGAGAGAGCUCGCACGGCCGCCAAUAGAGCUGAAGAGGAACAAAGCGGAACGGGAAGCAACUCGACCACUAAAGUCCUGGACAAGAAGAGACGACUGGAGGAGGAAGCACGAAAUAAAGCAGAGGAGGCGGAGGCGACAUAUCGCACCUGCAUAGCUGAUGCAACGACUCAACAUCAGGAACUGGAGGACAUGAAGGUGAAUGUGUUAAAACAGAUCCAGGAACUCAUCAAACAGACCGAUCAGAUCUUACGAGCGUGCACAAUCUCAUACUAUCAGACGAUGCAUGUGCAGACAGCAGCACUGCCGGUUCAUUUCCAGACGCUGUGUGAAAGCUGUAAGCUGUAUGAUCCGGCUCAACAGUACGCCGCAUACGUCAAAAACCUGCAGCUCAGGCCAGAAGUCCCAGUACAAUACCAGUUUGAGAAGUAUUCUGCAUCCAGCCACCAACCUACUCGGACCCGGAACAACAGCCUCUGUAGAGAAAACAGCUCUGAUGCUCCACCCAUUCCAGAAGGGGCGGGGCUGGUAGAAGGGGGCGUGGUUAAACAAAGACGUGGUCAAGGCAGAGAUCACCAGCAGGCUCAUAAGUCCUGGCCAUCCACACUGAGUGACACAGACAGUAUUGGGCCAGGGAGUGGACUUGGCUCUCCAACAUCCAGCACAGGAGACAUCUCGAAACCUUCGAGGCCAGUGUCUGCCACCACUUUGUCAUCCAAUGAAGACUUAGAAGAUAGAGACAGUGCCAUGACUCCAUUUGUACAAAGUAUUAAUGGCAUCGAGCCUGAAAGCGCAGCCCCUACCGGACCUUUCAGAAAUGUGGGAUUAUCAAAAGCUGCAAAAACGCAUCGACUGCGCAAACUGCGAACACCCUCGAAGUGCAGAGAAUGUGACAGCUAUGUUUAUUUCCAGGGUGCAGAAUGUGAGGAGUGUUUUCUGGCGUGUCAUAAGAAGUGUUUAGAGUCGCUGGCGAUUCAGUGCGGUCAUAAGAAACUUCAGGGUCGUCUGCAGUUGUUCGGCCGUGAUUUCUCUCACGUCCUGCAGGGUGAUGAUGAUGGUGUACCCUUCAUUAUCCGAAAAUGCAUCACAGAGAUCGAGAGGAGAGCGCUUGGAAUGAAAGGGAUCUAUCGUGUGAAUGGAGUCAAGACUCGUGUAGAGAAGUUAUGUCAGGCAUUUGAGAACGGUAAAGAGCUGGUAGAGCUUUCACAGGCGUCUCCACAUGACAUCAGCAAUGUGUUAAAACUCUACCUCAGACAGCUUCCAGAACCCAUCAUGCCGUUUCGUAUGUAUCAUGAGCUGAUGGGUUUAGCAAAGGAAAGUCUGAUCUCAAACACAGAGGCAGGCGAGGGGCUGAAGGGGCCAGAGAUUGUUGAUCGUGGGUCAGAAACAGAAGCAGAAGUGUUGACCCUGGUGGAGAAACUCAGAGAUCUGCUGAAACGGCUGCCACAAGCUAACAUCGCUAUACUGAACUACAUCAUACAACACCUGCGCAGAGUGUCUGAAUUGGAGCAGGAUAACAAAAUGAGUGUGAGUAAUUUGGGUAUCGUGUUUGGACCAACACUGAUGAGACCCAAACCCACCGGAGCGACGGUGUCUCUCUCAUCUCUAGUGGAUUAUCCACACCAGGCUCGAAUCGUUGAGGCUCUGAUCAUCUUCCAGCAUAACAUCUUCAUCUCUGAUGAUAGAUCGUCAUCUUCAGUCAGCCAGGAUCAUGAGGCUGGAUCUCAUGAAGAAGAGAACAGACCAGAUGUAGAAUGUGGUGACUCGCUGGGAUCUUCAGGUUCUCAUGAGCGUUGCCCAGAUUCAGACUCUGAUGGGGAGGAACUAAUCGAAGGAGGAACACAGCGCCCCCCUCUGCUCAGUCAGGAGAGUGAGACCAGCACUGAUGAAGACCAGUUGAGUCCCAGAGUGAGUCUGGACCUGAGCGGAUUCGUACCAGAGACCAUCCCAGAACAGACCACCGGUACUGACUCGCAGUCAGAUCAUACAGAAGACCCUGAACAGCUCUCAGAUCAGUGAGCUUAAACGAUAGUUCACCAAAAAUAAAAGUUCUCUCAUUAUUUACUCACCCUCAUGUUGUUAUUACCAUUAUUUAUCAGAAGAAGAUAUUUUUAACGGUAUCCAUUGACUUCCAUAGUAUUUGUUUUUCCAACUAUGAAAGUCAAAGCCAAUAUCAUUUAUCAAAAUAUCUUCUUAUAAAUAAUAAAGAGACAACAUGAGGAUGAAUAAAUGAUGGCAGAACUUAAUUUUUUUUGGUGAAUUAUCCCUUUAAUGUGUCAUGACUUUGAAGAGAGAGUAUUGUUUAUUUUAUAUCUAUUUUUUAUGCUUUUGGGCCAUUUUUGCCUUUAUUAGAUAGACAGUAUAGGAGAGGAUACCGGUAAGAAAGUAUAGGGUGGAGAGAGGGAUACGGGGAUUUCGUCAAAGGACCUCGAGGCGGGAUUUGAAGUCGGGUUGCAGAAAGUCCAUCUGCUCCAUAUGUCGGACAUUUAUUUUAUAUCUAUUAAUGAAUGAAUAAAAGUUCAGAGAAGUAACAUCAGAUUAGAUGUGUAUUAGACUGAGGACAGAAAGAAAGGGACAGUUCACCCCAAAAAUGUAUCUUCUACCUAUCAUCAUUUAAUCAUUACAAAACCCAUCUGACUUAUAUUUAAGGUUAUGUUUUUAUAAAGGAAGCUCUGUGUUAUUUAUUCAUUUACACACUUUCUAUGUUUUUAUGGUUUUACAUCAACUAAAAUGUCUGAAUGAGACCAACAUGUUGAGUACAUUAUACUGUAGAGUGUUUGGGAGAUGAGAUGUAGCUGAUGAUGGAGGAUAUUUCUGUUUAUAUUCUCUGAAAAAGAUUUCAAUGCACUAGUCUAUAAAGAAAGAGAAUGAUGUUCAUUUCAACACAUAAAGUAAUAUUGCAAAGAAUGUCACAUACAAGAACAACAAAAAUAUACGUUUAUUAUUUAAUAACGUCUUUAGGUGAUUUACUGUAUUGUAAAUAUGAAACGUUUUUUGCAGAAAGACCCCCAUCUUUUUUUUGAUACAUUAACAUUAAAAAGCUCAGAGAAUUUGUAUAAAUAUUUGUUUUAUGUUAGCACUGGAUGAGAUCUAAUGAAAUCGCUUUACUGAUGUGUGGUGAAUGUUUAUGAGUCUCACACUGCUGGUCAGUGUGAUGUUUGAAUGGUUAAUACACAACUAGUUGUUCAGAAAGAAAGAGAUUGUUGAGUGUCAUCGGGAUAUCAUUUCACCUGUUAACAUUUCUUGUCUGUACAUUUCACCGAUGCAGGAGGGUUGAAUAUUAGUUCUGUAACUGUAUUAACAACCCUGUGACUGUAUGACUGCUUACUUAACACAAUAUUCAUAUUUACAUAUAAUGUAAAUAUAUUUGCUGAAACAAAAAUAUUCAAUAAAAUAUUUAGAGAAUG